CUUAAGUCUAGUGGUAUUUGCCCUCAGGCUCUUGUAUCUUCUACCUGAUGGAAGAGAAGAGAGAAUGACCUGUCUGUGCUUGGGUGUCUUCUGAUCUGCUGAGGUCCUCUUCAAUUUGUAUAGUAAGGCCUGAAGGCAGACUUGCAGGGAUUCUAACUUUGCCGCUGUCGACUUACGUCACCAGCGCUCGCUAUUGAAGUCUGAGGCUGCGAGAGUUCCAACAGCCAAACCACUGCUCAGAGUGUUUACCAGCACAGUUCAGCAACAACUCUCUGCCAAGGGAAUUUCUGGUGGUUCCUCUGGAAAGAAGGGGAAAUAGUUCGAAGGAAGGUGACCUCUAUCUUGGCCUUGGAGAAACAAAGCAACUUGAAUUUUAUAUAUUGCCUUUCGUGCCCUCGGAAUAUCCCAAUGCGUUUUACAAUCAAUUGGGCAGCUUUGAAGUCCAGUCACUCCUUUAAUGUAGAGUUAUAGAGUUAUACACUAUGGAAACAGGCCCUUUGGCACAAAUAGUCCAUGUCGACCAUGGUGUCUUCCUGAGCUAGUCCCAUUUGCCUGCAUUUAGCCAUAUCCCUCUAAACCUUACCUGUCCAUAUGCACGUCCAGUCUUUUAAACAUUGUAAUUGUACCCGCCUCUAUCAUUUCCUCCGGCAGCUCGUUCCAUACACCCACAAAUCACAGUGUGAAAAACUUGCCUCUCAGAGCCCCUUUAAAGUUUUCCCCUCUCACCUUAAACCUAUGGCCUCAGGAUUUAGACCCACUACCCUGGGAGAAAGACUGUGACCAUCCACCUUAUCUAUGCCCCUCAGGAUUUUAUAAUCCUCUGUAAGGUCACCACUCAGUCUCCUUUACUACAGGGAAAACAGUCCCAGCCUAUCCACCCUUUGCUUAUAGCUCAAGCCCUCCAGUUCCAGCAACACCAAAUGGACCAUACGGUCCACUGAAUGGACUGUACAGCGUCCUCGAGCAAAGUUAGAGGCAGAGAGGUCUGCUUCUUAAUCAAUAACUCGUGGUGCUCAGAUGUGACAGUCCUGGCGAGUUCCUGCUCACCCAGCCUGGAACAUCUAACAGUGAAGUGUCAACCAUACUACCUGCCACUGGAGUUCACUUCAGUUAUCCUGACGGCAGUCUACAUCCCACCCCAGACGGACAUGAAGCCUGCACUCAAUGAUCUAUACUCUGUGGUCAACAACCUUGAGACAGGAUACUCUGAGGCCCUCUUCAUUAUUGCAGGCGACUUCAACCAGGCCAACCUCAAGAAUGUGUUGCCAAAGUACUACCAGCAUGUCCAGGGGCCCUAACAUCCUUGACCAUUGCUAUACAACCAUCAAAGAUGCCUUCCGAGCCACCCCUCACCCUCACUUUGGUAAAUCUGACCAACAGUCUGUGCUCCUCCUCCUCCCUGCAUACAAGCAGAAACUGAAACGGGAGGAUCCAGUACAGAGAGUUGUGCAGUGCUGGUCUGAGGAAAUAGAUGAGCUUCUAUGCGACUGUUUUGAGUCAGUGGACUGGUCCAUGUUCAAAGACUCAGCUGCCAGCCUAGAUGAGUAUAUCAGCACCAUCACAGAGUUUAUCAGCAAGUAUAUUGAGGACUGCGUACCAAAGAGGACAAUCCGGGUGUUCCCAAACCGGAAACCAUGGAUGAACUGGAAGAUACACACCCUACCAAAGUCGAGGACUGCUGCAUUCAAAUCAGAUGCUGCCUGGCCUGCUGAGUUCCUCCAGCAUCACAGUGUUUUUCAUCUCGAUUCCAGCAUCUGCAGUCCUUCGUUCCUCUCACGAAUUCUGGCCCAUUUCAGAGUUCAGGUUAUCAGAAAGAAUUUUCUUGUUAUUGCAUCAAAAAGCAAGUAAACUACAGAUGUUG